UAAUUUUUUUAUAAUUAUGAUUAUAAUUAUAAUUAUAUUGAAAUUAUAAAUGUGUAAUUACAUUUAUAAUUAUAGUAAUUAAAAUUAUAAUUACAAUUAUAAAUUUAGAAAUAUUCAAAUCAGAUCAGAAAGAUUCAGAUCAGAUUAGAAGGAUUCAGAUCAGAUCAGAAACAUUCAGAUCAAAUCAGGACCAUUCAGAUCAGAUCAGGAACAUUCAGAUCAGAUCAGAAAGAUUCAAAUCAGACCAGAUGAGAAUGAUUCAUAUCAGAUCAGAUCAGAAAAAUUCAGAUGAGAACUUAAAAAAUUCAGAUAAGAAACAUUCAGAUCAGGUGAAGACUAAUAACAAACUAUAAAACCUAAUAACUGAAAUGAUCUCAUCAUCUUUUUUAGGUCUUGAUAUAUUGAUUUUAAAACUCUGUAAAUGGCAUCCAUUUGAGUGUCAUACUAUCAUAUUAUGAUGAUUUUUUUACUUUUCAGCAUCCGUAAGCUUAAUGGAAGUAAAAAGUAGCAACUUUUUUGUACAAGUGAUGAGUGAUAUGAGUUAAGACAAAAGUAACUUAUGAUCUCUCAUUUUUUAAAUAAGGAUAUUGUGUGAAACUAACAAAAUCCCGAAACUUCUUAUGGAAGAAAGCUUUAUUAUUUUAACUUUUCUUUUGACACUAAAUAGCCUCUCACUCCUUUUAGAUUAUAUUUAUUUCCUAAGAUAGUUUCUUAGGGCAUUGUAUUUCGAAAUAAAAGUAUAAAACUCAACUUUAAUGACUGGAAGGCAUUCAGUUGUGGUUUGUUAUGUUCUAUGUGACUGCGUCUUAGUGCUUUGCUCUUAAGUUUUUAGUACAUGCCAACUUUGUUAAGUUGGUCAUGAUUAUAGCAUUUAAGAUGGUAAAUAAAUUUCAUAAACUCCUGCAAACAGAUCGUUCUCCUUUGCAGCGCAAGUUAUGGAAAUAAAAAAGACACUCUCACCUUAUAAAUAGAGAUUGUUCAGAUGGCAGUAUUUUUCCCGGCUAUUGAUCAAUCUUUUCUUGGUACGGCGUACACUCAUUUCCCCAUGUUUUAUUCAUUUUUUUGUUCUGCUUUAUUUACUCACUUUCACAAUAUUGAGGUGAAAACUGUUCUCCCCGGCAUAUCAUGCUUAUAUGGAGUGUUGUAGUCCGGGAUGUCCUACAGUUAGUAUUAGGAAUGUGUGCUAUGAAUCAUUUAUUAAGAGCCUAAUAGCAUGUCGGAUUUAACUCAUAACAUAUACAGUAGAUAAUUAGGUUCAUAAACAAAGCAUAUUAAAAUGACAUAUUGCAUCUGGCUCCAGUUUUUAUCCUUUUGUGGUGUUUAUUGAGGAGUUGAAUUUUCUGGUCGUUUAGCUAGCAUAUACAAACUCUAGGAGUUAGAGUUUUGAUAGGGCCCUGGGAUGUAGAGAAUAAUAAUAAUAAUAAUAAUAGUGAUAGAUUGAUAUUAAAUAAGCAUGGUAUUGUAUAAAUAAGUAUUCUGGGCCAUGCCAUAUAAUAUGGGCUGGCCCGUUAGAAUAGAAGUACUAUAAGAGAGGGAAGGAGGGGAGGAAUGAAAUAGGCUGAUUUUAGAUUUGGGAAUUUGGGUUCUGGAGAGUUGAGUGCCUCUCGAAGUGCCUCAUGUGUAUCGUCUUCUUCGUUUCUGCCUUUUACCGCAAUAUUACUGUUCAAUUUACUGUUACAGAAUUGGAGAUUCUAUCAUUGGUAUCAGAGAAUCGUUUCUGGUGACCUGAUUUCUUGUUUCAUCAUCAGAAAUUUUUCAUUUCAAGCUGUGAAUGUUUCGGACAAAAGCCAAGAUGGAACAGCGAUUGGAGGCCGUUGAACGUAGUUAUGCAGCGAGGAAAGAAGCAUUGCUGCGAAUGGAAGCAAAGAUGGAGGAGAUGUGGACUAAGAUGGACAGGUUGCAAGACAGUUUUCGUCAGUUUUAUCGCAGGCGAUCUAGAGAUCGAUCGCGGACAGUCAGGAGCUGACGAUCAUCGGAAACGGACUCAGCAUCGGAAAAGAAGUCGCGACCGAUUUCUUCUGGUUCGCAGUCGCGAAUGAAUACCCCUUGUUCGCAGACUGCAUCGCGCGUAGCAGCUCCCAGCUCGCAAUCGCGAACUUCUUCGCAAUCGCACGUCGUUUCUCACAGUAGUUCGCAGAAAUCGUCGCAGUCAGCAUCGUCCUUUAUUUCUCCUACUUCACAGGUUUCUUCUGAAUCGCUGGCCGCAUCUCACAGUUCAUCAACUCUAGCCGUUUCUCACACUUCGCGAGCUUCACCACUCAGUUUGGGGUCUGUUAAACUGCGGCAACCUUCCUCGAAUGAUAGGAGUGCUUCGCAGUUUAGAGAAAAGGCAGACAAGUUCACUGAAGGCGAAAAUGAACUCGAGGAACCAGUAUCGGUGAUUGUUGGGCCUGAAGCUGGUGCAAUAGCUGGACCUGAAACCUUCUCCAAGUACGAGUUUGUCAAGCCAGACCGGGAAACCAACAGGUCUGCAAUGGUGUACCAUCAUUCAUCAAACAUUAAUUGGGAAGGACUGAACAAGUUUAAUAGUUUGAGCUGUGAUCAAGCUGUAGGCAUGGGACAGGCAUUUUACUUGUGUAGUGGAGAUAUGAAACCUCCCAAGUUUGCUGUUAAGGAUGGAACUCUUGCUUACAUUGAUCCUGGAAUGAUGAUAGAAUGUAAUAAGAUCAAUCACUGUGAAGAGAUUAUUGCUGCAGCAGAUAGAAUUUCUGAAAGCGUGGAUAGGGAAGAAUUAACCAAAUCCAUAGUCAAAAUCGAUGCUGAAACUGACUUUGUAGUUUUAAUUGGAGAUGCCUUUUGGUGGCCAGUUUCUAUGCAGGGUGUAAUUAUCUGUCAGAAUUUUUCUUUGCUGAAAUUGGGGGGGAACAGAUAUAUUACUCGAAAGGGGAGAUAGUGAUCCACAACUUGCUAACAGCAGAUGGAGAAAGAAAAUGGUGACUGAUAUAGAAGGACAAGGCCAAGCUCCUUUGGGUGCAGAUGAUGUUAUCAAUCAUUCAGAUGACAAGGAUAGGGUGCCCAUAAGGAACUGCAGUUUGAUACUCUCUGCAAUUCGGGACUUGCAAUUCUGGACUCAUAUGGGCUGAUGAGUUUUCUCUGGAAUACCAGUCAGGUGAAAUCUCCAGGCAAGGUUGGAAGAGAAAACAGAAUACAAACGUCAAGUACUUGAAGGUUUUCAACACAUUGGUUGGAAGAUUUUAUGAGUUAACUGAGUGUCCGGUGUCUCUUUGGACUCUAGCUGAUCAUGCAUCCAGGAAUUCCUUGCACUCUGGUACUCUUUUUCGUAGCUGGAAAUAGAUAAUACCUUCAGGCUAUCUGUCUAAGUUCUUGUUGGCAAUUUUGGAUAGCAAGAAGCGUGUAAAGGUAAUGAUGCAUAGUCUCGAGGAGUUGCGGUAUGGUGUCAUAGUUUUUCUGCAGUUAAGAAAGCAGCAGGCCCACACCAGGAUCUGGUUGAUGAAUACCAAUCAAUUCUUUGCUAAAGUGGAAGCAAAAAGGCUUAUGGAGUCAUGGCAGGAGAAGUUUGCGGGAUCCCCAGUUGGGUGGAGAAUACCAGACACUACUUUUUUCACAAAGUUUUCUGGAAAUCGUGGAGAUACUGUAGGAAAUAUUUGGAAGAAAAUACGUGUAGAAGACAUAACAACAAAGGUUAAUGAGCAAUAUGUGUAUGCAGCAGUUAGGGUAAUCGGCAUGUAUGUGCCUCCUCGUGUAAAAGUAAAUGCUUGUCAAGUACUGUCACAGUUUUUAACUCAUACAGACUCUGGUGUCGAUCAGCCACAUAUCAAGCGCUUAAUUUCAUCACUCAUCAACCACACUAUGAGCUACUACAGCAAGAUGCUACGAGCGACUUUCAGGGCAGAUCUUUGUACCAGCUCUGAGGCUCUAGAAGUGUUAGUAUUGGUGAUACGAGCUUUAGGAUUACUUGAAGGAGCUGAAAAUGUAUGGGAUCCUGAAUUCAAAGUGGUGAAGAGGGCAUAUCCAUGUGUGAUUGGAGGGUGCACAUCAUAACAUAUAACUGCUGCACAUGGAGAAGCACAGCACAAAGAAACAUUUGUCGUUAUUGAGUGCUUUAAAGCCACUGAAGAGACUGCGACUUCACUAGACUUAUCUUUGGCUGCAGAAACAUUUGUGAGGUGGGGGGAUGAAGUACAGAAACUCCUGGUUCAGAAAUCCGAGAGAUAUUGGGAAGGAAGAGGCUCCAGGAUGAAGAUGAAGUUCAAGAUCAAGGCUGUGUCCUAUCACCCACCUUGAGGACAAGGUUGUUUUUCAAGGGGGGAGAUAUGAUAGGGCCCUGGGCUGUAGAGAAUAAUAAUAAUAAUAGUGAUAGAUUGAUAUUAAAUAAGCAUGGUAUUGUAUAAAUAAGUAUUCUGGGCCAUAUCAUAUAAUAUGGGCUGGCCCGUUAGAAUAGAAGUACUAUAAGAGAGGGAAGGAGGGGAUGAAUGAAAUAGGCUGAUUUUAGAUUUGGGAAUUUGGGUUCUGGAGAGUUGAGUGCCUCUCGAAGUGCCUCAUUUGUGGCCUCAUCUGUGCUCUAACCUCACCGAGCUGGCUCCCAUUUUUUUCCGUCUUCUCGCGCCAACCGUCCAGGGACAUUCUCUUCUCAUUCCUUGCACUCAUGCAUUCACGAUGUGUUGUUUCUGCCUGAAAGGAACCAAAGGGAUAUGUUUGUGUUAGGAAACAGUUAACAUGAGAAGGCCUAGGAAACAGUUAAAGGUUUGGAAUAAAAAUACUUGCACAAUUCUCUUUAAAGUUUUAAGCUAAAGGAAGAACAUGUCAGAAAGAAAAUUGAUAAACUUAUAUGCUUUAAAAAGGUUUCUGGUGGCAGCAAAAUCAGGGGUCGAGUAGCUCAAAAGAUAGAUAAGCACACAAAGCAUAUAUCUUUGGCCCCAAAAAAAAAUAUCUUUGGCCCCCAUGAGAAAAUCCAGCUACUUGUAACAUGGUAGUAGUUCCAUUGAGUUAGUAUGUGCUGGAAAGGUAACGUAAUGAAUGUGCAUUAAGACUACUUGUGUGGUUAUAUCAUACACACAUUAGGCUCCACAAGUGGGGGUUGAUAGUUGACACUAUGUGGUGGUCUGACUUAUAGUUGGAUAGAUUUCCAAAACCUGACCAUCAUUUUGUUUCCUUUAAAGUUGAAAAUAUGUGUAUUUCAAUUUCUAAGUGUGUAGAGAAGUGUUAUUUUUAGUAGCUUCCAUACAUAAUUAAAAACACUUGAACUAUCUAUUCUAUUUUGCCAUCCAGUUUAAUUUAUUUAGGACUAAACUUGAAACUUGGCUUAUUUAUGGGGGCAGCCCGGUGCACGAAGGCAUCCCGCAAAGUGAGUGUCUGUGGAAGGGUCCCACCACAAGGGUGCAUAUGGGGCAAGCUUUCCCUGUCAAAUGUUUAGUUAAAAAUUGGAUAAAGAAUGUUUACUUUUUCUCUCUCGACAGUCUUAAGAUCUUGCAUGGAUUAAGGUGUCUAUCAAUACCUUGAGCAUGGGAGAAUUUAUUUUAUAUGUUAUGCAAACCAUCUCAAUUGGGUAAAAUAACUGAUUUAAGGUUAUUUUGUGAUUUUAUUGUUAACCUGGUUGUAAUUAUUAAGUAUAAUUUUUAUAUCUCACAUUUCACAAGGCAUUAUUAUUUACAUAAAACAGUUGCUUAUUACAA